AUGCUUCAAGACACGCCUGAGGAUCUGCCUGGCGCGCAACCGUCCCGUCGGGCCACGUCCAGGAAACGUGGAAACGCGUCAAGCGACACGGACAGCGAGGCAACCGAUUUGUACUCGGAGGGCUUCGAGUCAUCGGACGAUGACUUCAAGGUCGUCAUGAGUCGAACGGCAAAAAGAAGACUCCUGCGGACGACAUCGUCGGCGAGUGUUUCUACCGUGAAGACUGCAGCACAACGUCGGCCGCACACCAUGCUAUUCAUGCCCGAAGACCCUGCGUCCAACUUACGACUCCUCAAUAGGCAAGUUCUCUCUGUGCUUCUCGAGGAAACCGCGCCGAAUCAGAUCAAAGACGUGAGGAUAAAUGCACGGAAGAAUGUCCUUGCCGUAGACGUUCUGCACCGUAGUGCGCUGCAAAGCCUGCGGUACAUAACGGUAAUCGACAAAGUGAAAGUUCGAUCAAUGAUCUCUACAGGUUGUAACGGCACUGUUGGCGUCAUUUAUGACGUCGAUCUUUCCAUUCCACCUGAUGACCUGCCAGUAUUAAUAAAGUCAACUACAGAAGGCACUCUCAUCACGCACAUCACAAGACUUGGCAACUCACGUUGCUUGAGGCUUGUGUUUGAGGGAGACAGCCUUCCCUCACACGUCAAAGUAGGCCACGUUCGCCACUCAGUCCGUCCAUACGUGCCGAAGCCACUGCAAUGCUACAAAUGCUUCAAGAUAGGACACGUCAGAGGUGUCUGUGGGAACAAUGUUGUGUGCCCGCGGUGCGCUGAAUCUCAUUCAAAAGACGCCUGCGGUGCAACUGUGUUAAGGUGUCCCAACUGCCACGGCGCUCAUGAAGCCUCAUCCAAAGAUUGCCCGCGCUUGAGGAACGAGCACGCGGUACUCAAGCGUAUGGUGCGGGACAAUUCAACGCACAGAGAGGCGGCCGCUACACUUCGGCGACGACGGCGUCGACACCGAAGAACAUCACGAAAAGACUGCUCUGCCGAUAGCGAGAUGUCAUCCUCCAUCAAAGCGGCUGCCUUACGAACACCGAACUCCUCGAAGACGGACACUGCGAAAUCAAAGGCAGAGACAGCAGUCGCACCUUCCGAAGAGUGGCCCUCGCUUCCACAAGCUCAACCUGCUACGGCGUCACAUCGAAUCCCACCACCCUCAACGACCCAACGAACCACUGAUGCGACGACUGAAGAUCGACAGGUCGUAAACUUGCUGCAGUCGCUGAUUAGCGCCAUGCCCGUUCUACUGAGCAACAUGAAGACCCCGUCUGCGCAGAGCGCACUGCAGGUGCUGGACACCCUGAGUCCGGUGCUUGCAGCUUUAGGGUAA